UGUCGGUAUUUUGAAACCGAUCGAAAAAGAGGGUGCUAGUUUAACAGCAUGUUAAAUUUAACCAAUUUAACCUCUAAAAAAAUCUUGGAAACGAAAAUCGUAAGAGUAAAAUACUGCUAAUUUCUAUUUCAUGUGAGUUGAUUUAACAUGUGGUGUUUUAAGGGACGUGAAGGUUUUUGUGUUUAUAUUUUACCAGAUCAGAAAAAAUCGUUUGGUAAAUCACAGAGUGACAUUAAACUGGAAGGAGAUGCUACCAUCAGUAGACUUCAUGCUGUAGUUUCUGUAGAACCAACAGGAGAAUCAGAGAUGCAGUAUAAAUGUGUCAUUACCGACAUAUCUAAAUAUGGAACUUUUAUUAUAAGAGAUAAAGAGAAGAUAAAAUUGUCUGCUAAUAACAAAUUUAUUUUAAGAGCUGGUGAUACGGUACAGUUUGGUUUAAAGGAGUCUACCUUUGUAGUGUUAUGCCAUGUAUUUAUAAUUGCAAGCUCUAGUUUAAACGAAGAUGAUACUAAGAAAUUGAAGAAUAUUGUAUACCAUUUGAAAGCAAAAUUAUCUGAAACUUGGGAGAACUUUUGCACACAUUUGACAGUGGCUAAAAGUACAUUGUUUACCACAAAAUUAGCUUGUGCACUAGCGUCUGCCAAACCUAUAGUCACAAAUGUGUAUUGGGAGGCGGUAAAUGUAGCCAUUGCGGAAUGUAAGGAAUUACCAGAAAUUGAAAAUUUUCUGCCAAAAGUGAAGGAAGAAUGGUUGAAUGUUUGUUCAAGAUUGUUUCUACCAAACGAAAAGCGUAAAAUGCUGUUUAAAGGUCUCUCAUUUGUACACUUUUGCACAAAGCAAUAUUUUGCAUAUGCACCAUUGAUUACCGCAGCAGGUGGUAAAUCGUGUGUGUAUCCCACGAAGAGACCUUUGACUCCCCAAAAUCUCACUGCAAAAAAUGCUAUUGUCAUACAACAUCCCACGAAUGAUUCUUUGCAGUUUACUCCAGCUAUCGCAGUUGAUUAUCCAAUUAUUUAUCACAAACUACAAGCUGUCAAGCGCAGAAUAAUUUCCGAUACUGAAAUUCCGCUUGCAAUUCUACAUUGUACUACGGAAAUGUAUUGCAAUCCGAAAUAUGAUUUUGCCACAUUCUUUAAAUCAGAAACUCCAAUAUUUCUUCCUUCUGAUAUAACAAUCGAGAAUACGCAGGAUAUUGUUAAUACCGAUACACGACAAAUUAAGAGAAAAAUAAUUCCUGAAACUUAUGAGACACAAUACAAUGAAAAUAUAACGAAAAAAGUUUGCCUUCUUGAUGAAAAGAAAAAGGAAUAUACCUUUAACCUUAAUAAGGGUGACAUAACAGAUACGAUGACACAAAGUUCUGAUGACAGAAAAAUUAGAAACAAAAUAAUUUCUGAAACUUGCGAUUCUCAAACUAGUAAAAUUUCGAAGAACUCUUGCCUUUUUCACGAGAAUGAACGGAAAUACAUGCCUGACACUAGUGAGAGUGAUAUCACGAUGAAGAAUGUGCAGAAUUCUGAUAACAGAGAAACUAAACACAAAAUGAUUGAUCACAAAUCUUACAAUUCUCAGAAUAAUAAAAACAUAUCGGAAAAGACUCAUUUUGUCAACGAGAGUGAACAAAGAUAUGUUUUCGACAGAAAUAAUAUCUCUGCCAGAAGAAAAAAUAUUAUGGAAGAUAUUUAUUUCUCUAACGAAAGCGAAUCGAAAAACAUUCCAAGCAAGAGUAAUGUUGCAAAUGAUAUUUUAUCUAGCAACAUCAAUAAAUUCCAAAUUAUUCCCGACAGUUGCGAAAAAAACUCAAGUAAUAUUUUUUCCAGUAAAAGCAAUAAUAAACGAAUUCAAUUUUUUGAUACUUGCAAAUUUAAGAAACUCAUUGUAAACGAUGCUACGGAAAAAGAACGGCAAAAUGUAAAAUUACAAAAUAAAGAUAUUUUUCAAGAAAGUAAUGUGACUUUUGCAAGAAGCAAUAAAAAGAAAUAUAUGUUAGAAGAAAAUAAAUGUGGAUUUCAACAGCAAGAAAAUAUUAUUAUUAAUGAUGAAAAUAAUACCAUUUUUGAACAAUUUUUGAACAGAGAAAAAAACUCAAUUGUUGAAAAAGAUCAUUUGACAAACAGCAAUAAUAAAUUUACAACUGCAUGGAAAAGUUCUAAAAAUACAGAAGCUCUGCAAAUUGUAUCCACAAAGGAGAUUAAUGACUACGAAAUUUGUAUCAAAGAAGAAGAGAAAAAUCUGUUUGGAAAAGGUUACCACAGAGUUGAAUUACAAAAUUCAUUAAGAAAGCAAAAAUUAAGUUCCGUUUACAAUUCUGCAAAAAAUCAAGAAGACAGAAGAGCGAAAAAAGAUAAAAUACAAACGAAAGAUAAUAAGAAAGAAGAGCCUCGAAAAACAGGAGACAAUUGGCGUGAAAGAUGUACAUAUCAAGAAUUUACGGAUGAGAUAUUGCGGAAAGAUAUACCUAGCGGGAAAAAAUUUAUAAAGAUGUCCGUUAUAAAACCAGAGAAGGUACUAACAGCAGAUGACUUUGUCUUGUAAUUUGCAUCUGCACAGUUUUAUCGAAAAAGGAAUAUGAUAUAGCAAUAGAAUAUUAAAAAUUAAGAAAUGAUAUUAUUUUAUUUUUAGGAUAAAGAUUUUCAUUAAAGUUACUAUUUUCCAAAUAUGUUGUCAAAAUAUUGAGAAAAUAUUGAAAAAUAAUUAAAAACGUAUUUAUACAAUAAAAUUUUUGUCAUUUUUUUUACUUUUAAUAGUAUUAUGUCAAUAAAAAACAAAAAUUGCUUAAACUCGUAUCAGACUGUGCAGUGAAGAUUGAAGAUUGCGAUUAGACAAUUAGAAUUCAACCAAUCAAAAUAAAACGCAUUCACAUUAAAAAAAUUGUUUGAUUGGUCAAAUUAUUAACUUGUCCUCUAUUUUCAGUACAACAAUCUGAUACGAGUUUUAAGAAAAAGAAUGAUCUUGAAAAUAUGUUCAAAAAAGCAAAUUUUUUGUUUGUUUAAAAAAAAAGUAUAUUGUCGGCAUUUAUAUACAUAAUGAUUUCUGAAUAAGUCUGAAAAAAAAAUUAAGUAUCAUACAAAUUGUUGAAUUAAAGAUAUUCUAUUUACUAUUAUGUCGAAAGUUUAAUAAUUAAUAAUAUUGUCGCUGUAUAUCAUAAAGUACUAUUUAUACUUAUUUUGCAGUAUUUGUACGUGCACAUGUGUACGUAUUUAAUUUCAAGUCAUGUUUUAUUACAUUAUUUUAGAAAACAUAAUCACGAUCAAAAAACUAUUAAAAUUACUUAUUAAAAUUGAUAUUUUUAUGAAAAUAAUUUUAAUAAACAGAGAAUCAUAAUUUUUCAAUCGUAAAAUUUAUCGAUGUGAUCAAAUGAAGAAUGAUGUUGCAUUAUUUAUAAAAGUUCCAAAAGCGUUUCACGAAACUUGUCAUAUAUUGCUAUUUUCGAAUUGUAUUUGUGGUCGCUAAAUUGAGAUUUUGUUGUAACUUUUUUUAGAAUCUCAGCGAACAAUCAGAUUUUUUGUGAUUAAUCGAUAUGCUAAUGAAAAUAGAAAUAAGAUUUCUAUAAACACAAGGAAGAAAAUGAAGAAAAGUAAUAUGUGAAAAUUAGUACGACAAUUUAUAAUUUUGCAAUCAAUAUAUUAGUUUUUUAUUUACAUAUUACUUGGAUUGACAGCACACUAUACCUUUUAAUAGCUAAAGUAAAAUUUUUAACUUUUUUGUUAAUAAAGGCUAUUUGAAGGACUGAAAA